GACACCGAGUCUCCGAGAUCGAGACUUUCAGUUUCCACGACGAUGGCGAGUACGUUGGUCUAGGAAGUCCGAUGGCGUUCGACGGAGGCUGCCUCGCGGCGAGAAUUCGGGACGAAAAUAACAGCGCGAGCCUCGUCUAAAAUUAUUCGACCGAUCGCGAAACCUCUCCAUUCCCUCUGGCGUUCGAGACGGUGCAACGUCGGGGGUCGUUGCUUUCGCGAGUUUCGUGCCUGCAAGCUUGUUCUCGAUCGUUCGAGACUAUGGAACCGUCGGAGGAGGAUUACAGGACGCUGUGUUCGCUGGAGACAGUGCGAUCCGGAAAGAAGGGUUUCUUUCGAGAUUUUAGCGAGCACGUGACUAGAGUGGCUGGCGAGAACUGGAUCGCGAAGGUGUUUGGUCGAUCGAGGGACGAUGAGAGUCGAGUUCGAAUGAUCUUCACGGACGGGAAGAUCAAAGGGGCGGUGAUCGAGACGUUGAGCAGGACGCAGAUCCUGUACAGGGCCAAGGACGCGAAGGCCUCGAGGGCGAGGAGGCUGGAGGGUUUCGCGGCGGUGGCAGAGGCGGAUCGCGAGAAGGCUCUGCUCCUCUUCAGCCAAGCUGUGCUUCGAGCACCAGCCCCAGAAAAAUCCGAGGUGUCCGUCGAUCGAGGACUCGCGUUGCCGCUCGCGUUGCUAGCAAGGGCAGAGGUUUUCGUCGCCUGCAACGACCACCACCUCGCCUUGGAAGACUUGAGCUUGGCUGAAGAGUUUGAGCUUCCAGACCAACUACGGGCGGAUCUCGCUCGAAGAAAAGAAGAAUGCGAGAGUUUCCUGCGCGCUAACGAGAAGAGCCUGAUCUCCACCAAGGAACACCGACGAAAAGAAGCCUCUCGCUCGCUUCAAAGGAAACCGGUGCCGGGUCGUUUGUCCGGAGGCGAGAAUCCCCGGAUUCCGGGAGCGUCGAGCUUGUUGGAGAUCGAGGAGACGACUGACGCGGGUAAACGCGCGAUCGCGACAGGGGAGAUCGUCCCUGGGGACAGGUUGGUGAUCGAGCAGCCGAUCGCGGCGUGCCUGCUACCGGAAUACUUCGGCACUCACUGCCAUCAUUGUUUCUCGAGAUUGAGGGCUCCGAUAGGCUGCCCGGACUGCAGCAGCGUCGCGUUUUGCGGGAGAACCUGCAGAGACACGGCGAUCGAGAGCUACCACAAAUACGAGUGCAAGAUCCUAGCGCUGAUGAUAGGUUCUGGAAUGAGCGCGUUGAGCACGCUCGCUCUACGAAUGGUCACCCAAAACGGCCCUAACGUUUGCUAUGACAUCUUUCGAGCGUUGAAUCGUCGAAGCUUGGAGGACAAGUUCGAGGAAACCUUGACACCGUUCUCGUUCGCGGAUCAGGAUGAGACUAAGGCUAAUUCGAAGCUCAGCAAAUCGGCGAGGCGGCGGAUCAGAAAGAAGAAGUUACGUGACUCGAGAUAUCGAGACGCGACGAGCGAGGAGACGCGUGUCGAUCUUCGAGCGUACGAUUUGGUCAUGCACCAGAACGAGAGAACGGCCAAGGACUUCUUCGAGCGGUCCCUGAUGGCGGCGUUCCUCCUCAAGUGUCUACAGAGGGUCGAGUUUUUCGAGAGUCCGUCCAAAGACGAUGGUAGGACGCCCAGCGAGCAGGAAAUCGCGGUGGCCAGUUUGUUGUUAAAGCAUCUUCAGCUUUUGCAAUUCAACGCUCACGAGGUGUUCGAGACCAGACUGGGAACGGAGCAUCGAUUUCGUGGCAGUAGACCAGUCUACCUAGGGGUGGCCAUUUACCCUACUGUCGCAAGAUUCAAUCACGACUGCUACCCAGCGGUCACCAGAUACUUUGCCGGUCGAUCUAUCGUGAUUCGAGCGAUCCGCAGCCUGCAGGCCGGGGAAGUGAUCGCUGAGAAUUAUGGACCAAUAUUCACCAAGAGAAGCCUGGACGAGCGACGGAGAACAUUGGCCGGAAGGUAUUGGUUUCGUUGCGAGUGCACAGCCUGCCGCGAGGACUGGCCACGCUUCGAAACGUUCACCGACGAUCACGUAAGAUUUAGGUGUCCGACCAAAGGAUGCAAGAAACUGCACCGACGACCGAGAGACCCGAACAGAGCCGUAGAGUGCUCCGGAUGUUGUCGAAAAAUCGAUCUUCGCGGAUCGAUGGAAUCGUUAGCCGCGUGUGAGGAACUCUACAACGUGGGGUUCGCGGCGAUGGACGAGGAAGAAACCGAGAGAGCUUUGGAGGCGUUCUUUGAGGCGGCGAAAAUGUUUCACAGUGUGGCAGUACCGCCCCACAAAGAGACACAUUUGGCGGAGAUCGCGGCGAGUGCCUGCAUGGCAGACGCGGGUAAUACUUGGUGAUUUAUCGAUCUAUUUAUUAAUUUUUUAAAAAAACUUUUACCAACGUCCAGGACAUCGACUGUUUGAAUGUAAAAUGUAUUUGCAAUCCGUGAAAUAAAGAUCUAUGUUACGUAAAAAGAUUGUUAUUUCUUUACCCUCCGCUACUCUCGUAGCGAUUCCCAGACAAUCUCCAUGGAACGAAUGAAUGGGGACGGUCAGGUAGAAACAACACACACUCGAUGCUUGAUUCGUCGGUUUUGCGAUUUUUUUGGCAUUUAUUUUUUAUAAUGCACAUGUUUCGUGAAAAAAUUAAGUUCCGUAUAUGAAAUUAGCUUUUUCCAAGUUUCGCUUUCCGUAUAAAAUUCACUGGGAUUUCAGGGAGUCGAGGGGGGAAGGAUAAGGGGAUGGAGGUUGGAGAUGGAUUGGUAGGGGAGGCAGUCGGUGGACGAUGGCUCGGACGUGCGCGAACGAUGCGACGCAACGCGACGGCGUUCCGGGCUUUCGCGACCCGCGAGAUCCUGCUAAAAAAUUCCUGCGUUUUUGAUGUCGUUCGUUGGCUGCUGCACACCCGGGUCCCGUAUGCGAAUCGGGACGAAAUCGCAUCGCGAUCCUUCCGCGGAAAACUGAAUUGGAAAUAAUUGACUGGCGCUGAGCGAGGCGCGUAUGCGCGUACAUCGUCUCGUGCCCGUUUCCCAAGAGGAACGCGACGAGGACGAUGAUAUCCAGAGCAGGACACCCGCGACUCUGACCGCGAAAAAACAGACCGUCUCGCGUUUCGAGCAACCUUCUUGUCCGAGCUUCGAUCGCCGUUCGACCGUAAGCGGUUGCGCCAUUGCGACGCAAGCGUCCGAAUUCCCGGUCGCAGAUACCGAUCGCGCGUGAACUAACGAUACGUUUUAACCGCGGACCGUGGGGGUGGUCGCUGGACCGAGCCGAUGAUCCCGAAUAUCGCGCGUGUUAACAUGUAUUGCGCGGCGGACCAUUUACGGUCCGCUCGAUUCCUCUUAUUCGCAUAAUUUCUUUGCUUCUAUUUGGUUUUUUUUUUCUUUUCUUUUUUUUAACUCCGAUAUUCACUUUCAACACAUGCAUUGUUCUUUUUUCGCAUUCAAUUACAAUGUUUUGCUUCCUAAGCGUUAACUUUCUUUCUUGGUUUAUUUUUACUCCUCUCUCCUCGUCGUCGACGAUUUCUUUUUCAAUUUUCUUUUUUUCGCGUUCUUUCUACGUUGCGUACUUCGUGGGAGCGCACGGUCGCGAGAAACGAAAACUAUCCCGGCGCGAGACAGGUAAGAAACACCGAACGCCUGCUCGCCUAUGAAUUUUUGCUUUCUUUUUUUUUUUUCUUUUGCCUGUUUCUUCCCCCACCCACCCACUGAAUUUCCAAUCGACCACAAAGCAACGCGAUCUCGCGCCUUGAUUCUCUCCCACUCGGCACUACACUCACCCCGCACACUCUCUUCGGUUUUUCCUGCAUCUACUACUCGGGGCCACCUUUACAACGACCAGGGCGUUCAUCUUUUCCGACGAUCGUGACAACGACUGCGCCGACGAAGAAAAAUAAACGAGAGAUUCCGGACGAUGCUCGAAGCAA